UAUAUAUAUUUAUAUAACGCCAUUUCACUUCACACUUCUUAUUCACAUUUACUAGUGGCAAAAGCUCAUCAUUUUUUUUCUUUUACUUCCAAGGCUUUUGUGAGCUUACUCAACUGAAAGUUGACAGUUAUUAAACUUCUCAGUCAAUUACUCAAAGUCCAACGUCUGUUUAACUGAAAGUUCAACUUCUUUGAAUUUCCUGUUUUAUUCGUUCUUUUUUGAAAUGGAUUUUUUUUGUCAACUUUAUAAGACAGUCGAUUCUGGAUCGGCUUCGUCACCUCCGUCGGAUAGUGGAAGUGGCACUUGUCGUCCAAAAAAUUUUUCAGAUGAAGAUGUGAUGUUAGCUUCGAGUUAUCCGAAGAAGCCAGCGGGGAGGACGAAAUUCCGGGAGACUCGGCACCCGGUGUUCCGUGGAGUCCGUCGGAGGAACUCCGGGAAGUGGGUUUGUGAAGUGAGGGAGCCUAAUAAGAGGUCCAGGAUUUGGCUGGGGACUUUUCCAACCGCGGAGAUGGCGGCUCGUGCACAUGACGUGGCGGCGAUAGCACUGAGAGGAAGGUUAGCAUGUCUGAACUUCGCGGAUUCUGCUUGGAGGCUUCCGGUACCCACUUCUAGUGAUCCAAAGGACAUUCAGAAGGUGGCGGCAGAGGCGGCGGAGGCUUUUCGACCGGCUGAGCAUUCGGAUGGGAACUGUGGAGAUGAUGCAAAGAGAGGUGAAGAGACGGAGGUGGAGAAAAUGAAAGUGUCUGAAAAUGGGUUUUAUUUGGACGAGGAGGCGGUGUUUGGGACACAAAAGUUUUUCGCAAACAUGGCGGCAGGUAUGAUGAUGUCUCCUCCUUGUUGUGGGUACGACGGGGAUGAACAUCAACUUGAUGCUGCCGAUGAUUAUGUACCUCUCUGGAGUCAUUCAAUUUAAAUUAGAUCAAUUUUAGGCGAUUCAAGUAUAUACAGUUGGGACACAUUAUUACUGUACUAUAUCGACGUAGCGUGGCUUUUUCUUUUGUGUCUGUACUUUAAUAUUUUUAUAAGUACGGAUAAUAUUAGGGGGAAAAAUAAUAGAUUCACAGAUGAGAGUCAACGUUUUUACAUAAAAAAAUCAAAAUAAAUAAUUGUUGGACAAAAUUUGUCAUGAAAUUAAAAAAAUAUCAAUGCAUGAGCAAAUUUUUGAAAAUAUAUAUAUAUAUUCUAAUCAAAAGCCGCAAUUUAAGGAAGCAUCGUUCUAGUAGAAUUAGUAU